AUGGCCGCCGAUCUGGGCUCAAAAGAGCUGGACGAAAUCUACGCGUUCGCCAUCCAGCUUGGCAAGGAUGCCGGCAAGAUGUUGCUCGACGCCGCCAUGCUGCGCUGCCAGGCCGGAAGUGUGCCCGAGGCUGCCCACGUGGAGAAGAUGAACGCCGUUGAUCUGGUUACCCAAACCGAUGAAGACGUCGAGACCUUUGUCAAGAAUAGCAUCACCAACAAGUUUCCCGCGCACAAGUUCAUCGGAGAGGAGACGUACUCCAAAGGCUCCUCCAAAGACUACCUCGUCAACGACGAGCCAACAUGGAUUGUCGACCCGCUCGACGGCACGGUAAACUACAUCCACCUCUUCCCCAUGUUCUGCGUCUCCAUCGCCUUCGUCCACAAGCACGUCCCGACCAUCGGCGUCAUCUACGCCCCCUUUCUCAACCAGCUCUUCACCGCAUGCCGCGGCCGCGGCGCCUGGCUCAACGACACCCAGCAGCUUCCCCUCAUCCGCAACCCCAUUGCCCCCAUGCCCGCCAAGGCCCCUUCGGGUUGCGUCUUCAGUUGCGAAUGGGGCAAGGACCGCCGGGACACCCCGGAUGGGAACAUGCACAGGAAGAUUGAAAGCUUCGUGAACAUGGCAGCCGAGGUUGGUGGAAGAGGAGGGAAGGGUGGGAUGGUUCACGGUGUGCGUAGUCUGGGAAGUGCCACGCUCGAUCUCGCCUACACAGCCAUGGGCUCGUUCGACAUAUGGUGGGAAGGCGGAUGUUGGGAAUGGGAUGUCGCCGCCGGCAUUUGUAUUCUGCAAGAAGCCGGUGGACUCGUCACCACCGCCAACCCGCCCGAAGACCCAGCAACCGCGACCAUCGAGCAUGUCAAGCUCGGCUCGAGGCUGUACCUUGCGAUCCGGUAA